AUGCUCUCACGCGUUGCUGCUGUCAUGGCACCCCGCACACACAACCGUCGCCGCGUGACCGGAUCCAGCGGAAGGAGGAGGGGAGGAGGAGAGAGUGAGCCGCCGAGGCCCAACAUGUCCCGGCGUGUGUUUGCUUCCGCAGUGCUGCUCCUCCUCGUCGUGAUGAUGUGCGCCGCCGUGGGUCCUGUGCAGGCCCAAAACCGUGGAAAGAGAGUGGGCGAUUCCUAUGGAGGACACAGUUCGGAGUCGUUGUCAAGGGAGCAUCGAGCCGCAAACCCAGCGGUCCCUGGCCACAUUUUCCGCAAUCCCCAUCUUGUGAAUGUGGACGGGAUGCUUAUGGCCAUUGUUGGAGCUCAGUUCAAUGGAUCUGUGGGGAGCGGGAGUGCGUCCAUGCAGUUGAUGGCGCAGCUCAGCUUGGAUCGUGGGGUGAAUUGGAGUCCGUACUCGAGACCUGGAGAUGUUGACGCUUUUGCUGCACGCCUUCACCAGAUGUUGUUUACCACGCCUUUCAGACUCUUCGGACCGCUUUUUGCAUUUGUGGAGGGCUACGACUUACGGAACGGAGUCAGACCUCAUUAUCCCGAUGAGCGGGGAGGAAGUGGUGUGGAGUCUGUUAUCCAUUUUCUGGAGACGGGGCCUGGACGAAGCGGAGGUUUUUCGAUGAGUUCCGUCUCUAUGAGCAUUCGCCCUCCUUAUCCCUAUAAAUCCGACGGAUUGAUUGGCUUCCUCAACGAUGCCAGUACUCCCAUCACGAAAAUGACGGAUGGCACGCUCGUGUUUCCCGUGCAGUUUCUGACAAUGGGAGGGAGCACUGCGUCCACAAUCAUGUACUGGAAUUCCGGUCAACAGCACUGGACCUUUGCGAACAGCGCGACACAUGCGGGCUGCACCAACCCCAUUAUCCUUGAAUGGGAGGCUGGGAAAAUUAUCAUGAUCACCUCAUGUGAGUCCGAUCGCAGAAGAGUGUACGAGUCGACUGACAAGGGGAACACGUGGACGGAGGCUCUGGGGACGCUCUCGCGCGUGUGGAGCAACUCAUUGGCAGGUCUUGGGCUCCACAUUCAGAGUGGAUUCAUCACUGCAACGAUUGGCGGAAAGAAGGUGAUCCUCCUCACCCAGCUGGAAUAUUCCAGACACGACAGCAAGGGCGAGAUUCGUCUGUGGCUAACGGACGCGAACCGCAUUUACAACGUUGGCCUGUUAGCCACUGGGUAUGGCGCGACCUCCAGCUCUCUGUUGUACGCGGAUGAUAGGCUGUAUUGUUUGUACGAGGCCAGUGGUGGAAGCGACUCUGGAGCCUUCUUCCUGGAUCUGACGUCUGAGCUGCAGAGGAUAAGGCAUGCGCUGGAUACUUGGGCCGCGAAGGACAAUGCCUUGGGAAAAUGCAGCUCAAUUGCCUCAGACGCCGCGCUGUCAAGAUGGGGCUGUUCUGUUCCUUUCCCCACGGCUGGGCUUGUGGGCCAUUUGGCAGACAGGUUCAGCGGGCACAAGUGGGAGGACGAGUACCUUGGGGUGAAUGCCGUUGUGAGGGGUGCGACGAAAAAGGUUCCCAGUGGGUUGACGUUCGAAGGGCAAGGCGCGGGGGCCGAGUGGCCUGUGGACAAGCAGUGGCCGACCAGACCACUCCACUUUGCAAACUAUGGGUUUACUCUUGCGGCAACGGUGUCGAUCCACGAGGUGCCGAAGGGCAUCACUCCCCUGAUGGGCCUGAAGAGAAUGGGGACGACAACACUCCUGGGACUGUCGUACGAUAAGAAUAUGGAGUGGAGAGUGGUGAAUGACUUGUUCCCGAAGCAUUUUACCGCAUGGGAGGUGGACAAGACGUAUCACGUGGUGCUCAAAAUGCAUGACGGUGUGGGCUCCGUGUACGUUGACGGGACUCUCCUUUGGAAUAUGAGGCUGAAAAAUUCGUUCAAUGAAGGGCUGGGCACGGUCUCACACUUUUACUUUGGCGCGUACGACGAGCAGCUGAGCAGCGGAAAGAUCCAUGCGACGGUGGCGAACGUCUUUCUGUACAACCGCCCGUUGAAUGAAACUGAGAUUGGUGCCCUCAACGCGAGUAAAGUCACCAUUCCACCUCCGGAAAGGAAGCCGGUGCCGGCGGCGGCAGCUACCUCUUCGUCCGUUGAACCUGCCAACGAGAGGGUGACCACAAAUACGCAGCCAACUGUGCCAUCGCCUGCUACUGCCGGACCACAGCAGACGGACCAAACAACUUUGAACGCGAGCAGUGUUCCGAGUGGUGGCGCUCCAUCCAAACCAGCGGAGCCGAAAUCAGCAGAGCCUGAACCAGCGGAGCCGAAAUCAGCAGGGCCCAAACCAGCGGAGCCGAAAUCAGCAGAGCCCAAACCAGCGGAGCCGAAAUCAGCAGAGCCCAAACCAGCGGAGCCGAAAUCAGCAGGGCCCAAACCAGCGGAGCCGAAAUCAGCAGAGCCCAAACCAGCUGAGCCGAAAUCUGCAGAGCCCAAACCAGCUGAGCCGAAAUCAGCAGAGCCUGAACCAGCGGAGCCGAAAUCAGCAGAGCCCAAACCAGCUGAGCCGAAAUCAGCAGAGCCCAAACCAGCUGAGCCGAAAUCUGCAGAGCCCAAACCAGCUGAGCCGAAAUCAGCAGAGCCUGAACCAGCGGAGCCGAAAUCAGCAGAGCCCAAACCAGCUGAGCCGAAAUCAGCAGAGCCUGAACCAGCUGAGCCGAAAUCAGCAGAGCCCAAACCAGCGGAGCCGAAAUCUGCAGAGCCCAAACCAGCUGAGCCGAAAUCAGCAGAGCCCAAACCAGCUGAGCCGAAAUCAGCAGGGCCCAAACCAGCGGAGCCGAAAUCUGCAGAGCCCAAACCAGCUGAGCCGAAAUCAGCAGAGCCCAAACCAGCUGAGCCGAAAUCAGCAGAGCCCAAACCAGCUGAGCCGAAAUCAGCAGAGCCCAAACCAGCUGAGCCGAAAUCUGCAGAGCCCAAACCAGCUGAGCCGAAAUCAGCAGAGCCCAAACCAGCGGAGCCGAAAUCAGCAGAGCCCAAACCAGCGGAGCCGAAAUCAGCAGAGCCCAAACCAGCGGAGCCGAAAUCAGCAGAGCCUGAACCAGCGGAGCCGAAAUCAGCAGAGCCCAAACCAGCGGAGCCGAAAUCUGCAGAGCCCAAACCAGCUGAGCCGAAAUCAGCAGGGCCCAAACCAGCGGAGCCGAAAUCAGCAGAGCCUGAACCAACGGAGCCGAAAUCAGCAGGGCCCAAACCAGCGGAGCCGAAAUCAGCAGAGCCUGAACCAGCGGAGCCGAAAUCAGCAGAGCCCAAACCAGCUGAGCCGAAAUCAGCAGGGCCCAAACCAGCGGAGCCGAAAUCAGCAGAGCCCAAACCAGCGGAGCCGAAAUCAGCAGAGCCUGAACCAACGAAGCCGAAAUCAGCAGGGCCCAAACCAGCGGAGCCGAAAUCAGCAGGGCCCAAACCAGCGGAGCCGAAAUCAGCAGAGCCCAAACCAGCGGAGCCGAAAUCAGCAGAGCCCAAACCAGCGGAGCCGAAAUCAGCAGAGCCCAAACCAGCGGAGCCGAAAUCAGCAGGGCCCAAACCAGCGGAGCCGAAAUCAGCAGAGCCUGAACCAGCUGAGCCGAAAUCAGCAGAGCCUGAACCAACGGAGCCGAAAUCAGCAGAGCCUGAACCAACGGAGCCGAAAUCAGCAGAGCCCAAACCAGCGGAGCCGUACUCAGCAGAGCCUGAACCAACGGAGCCGAAAUCAGCAGAGCCCAAACCAGCGGAGCCGAAAUCAGCAGAGCCUGAACCAGCUGAGCCGAAAUCAGCAGAGCCUGAACCAGCGGAGCCGAAAUCAGCAGAGCCCAAACCAGCGGAGCCGAAAUCAGCAGAGCCUGAACCAACGGAGCCGAAAUCAGCAGGGCCCAAACCAGCGGAGCCGUACUCAGCAGAGCCCAAACCAGCGGAGCCGAAAUCAGCAGAGCCUGAACCAACGGAGCCGAAAUCAGCAGAGCCUGAACCAACGGAGCCGAAAUCAGCAGGGCCCAAACCAGCGGAGCCGUACUCAGCAGAGCCCAAACCAGCGGAGCCGAAAUCAGCAGAGCUCAAUGCCACGACCCCCUCAGCAAGGGAGGGUGCUGCAGACCAGUCGGCAUCUGUUACAUCUUCAGGCGCCUCCAGUACUGAUGUUGGUGCUUCCUCAUCUGAUGAUGCACAAACGGUGGGGAUGGAAGGUGGAGAUAUGAUGCAGGCAGAUCAACCAGUCCAAUUCUCUGUGGGCACCCCCGACGCAGCAAAUGCAGCAACACAUAACGCUGAAGGCAAGGGACAAGAUGGGCUCCAUCCACAGGUCAAGGAAGCAGAGGCGGCGACACUCAGCAGCAGCCUUUAA